CCCACAUGACAAAGCUACAGCGCGUCUGGAAACGAGGAACGGAGAGCGGGCGUUUUGGGAGAAACCGUAGACAAGAUCAUUUCUUCACCUGCAGCACGCCCGGCUUGUUUCGCUGUCAAACAACUACACUGUUUAGCUUCCUAGUUUCAGAGAUUACUGAGGCGGGCAGCUGUCUUUUCUUUUUCCCUCUUUCCAAGUGAACUUUAUAGGGAUGUUAUAUAUGAGAGCAUCAGUUAGGGCCGAAGUAACUGUAGGACGGAUAUAAAGACUGAACAUCUUCUCGUACUACUUUUUUGUUCGGUUUGAUACACAAAAGAAAAAAAAAGAGAGGGAGAGAGACGUGUGAGUGAGUGUGUGUGAGUGUGUGUGUGCAGGAGAGAGAGAAGUCGCACAGGUUUUUUUUGGAGCUACGUUUUCAUGCCGUCAGUCUUGCGGACUCUGAGAUGGACGUCAGAUUUUAUCCAGCUCCCCCUUCAAGCGUGGGUUCAUGUACGCUACCGACUGACUCCGGUUUGGACUAUUACCAUUCCAACAAGAGCAGAUACGGUGCUCCAGAUCGAGGUGUAAGGCUCUACAGUUCCCUGCCCAUGCGCCCAAACCCUGACGGCAAGAGACUGCCCUCUACUGGGUUUGAUGGUGACAACAUGUACAUGAACGAAAACAAUCACGAGUUCCUCGCGCCAAACCAGAGCUACACAGGUCAGACAGGUGGCAGUGGGGGAGGAGGAGGAGGUGGCGGCACCUCAAGUGGAAAUGGAGCCGGGGACGAAGACUAUGAGAUCCCACCUAUCACUCCACCUAACCACCCCGAACCUCCUCUUCUUCACCUGAUGGAGCACGAGUCUACAGGCUACCUCGGUCACUCGUUGCCACACAAUGGGCUCAUCAACCCGUAUUCCUACCCAGAGCUGCCCACACUUAUGAUGUCGAACAUGCUGGGACAGGACAGCCACCUCGUAUCCAGCCAAAUGCCCUCGAUGCAGGAGAUGGCUUUGCACCACCACCAACAGCAACACCAUCACCAGCAUCCUGAUGGCGCUCAUUAUGACCCCGCCCGUAACCACACCCUGAUAAACAACUCACCUCCGAUACUGCCCAACCCCAUGAGUGCACUAUCCCAGCUAAACCCACAGGUCAGCCGGAGUGCAGUGCCUCAUGGUUCCCCCUCACCUCCCGGAAGUAAAUCGGCCACACCCUCCCCUUCAAGCUCCAAUCAGGAAGAGGAGACUGAUCCUCAUUUGAAGAUCACGGGUGAGAAGCGACCGUCUUCGGAGAUGAUGAAGCCCAAGCCCAAACCCCAAAAAAAGAAGAAGAAGAAGGAUCCAAACGAGCCUACAAAGCCUGUGUCGGCCUACGCCUUGUUCUUCAGAGACACUCAGGCAGCCAUUAAAGGACAGAAUCCCAAUGCCACUUUUGGAGACGUAUCCAAAAUAGUAGCCUCCAUGUGGGAUGGUCUGGGAGAGGAGCAAAAACAGAGCUACAAGAGGAAAACAGAGGCUGCUAAGAAGGAGUACCUGAAAGCCCUGGCCGCCUACAGAGCCAGUCUGGUUUCCAAGACAUAUAAUGACCCCGUGGAGACAAAAAGUGCCCAGACAAGUCAGGCUUCUCCACAUAUGAUGCCAGGCAACCCACCGCUGUACAGUGUGCCACCUCCUCCCCAGCCGUCAUCGCCAUACCUGGGGCCUGGGGCCUUCCCACUUACUGACCUGCAGAGCUAUGCAGGACACGCCCCUCGCCACACUCUGUCGCAGACACUCAGCCAAUCGCAGAUGCUGCCCAGCAUUAGUGCCUCUCCCCCUUCCUCCUUCCAGAUCAGCCCACCACUUCACCCCCACCAGCAGCUCUCCCUGCACCAGAGCUCACUCCUCAACCAGCCUAUCCGCAUGCAGCAGGUCCAGUCCCAGUCAAUCAUCUCUCACCAGAUGGGGCUUCAGGCCUCUCUUCACUCCCCACCUCCAGGGCAGCAGGGUUUUUCCCACCUCCAGUCAGAGUACCAGAAGAGCAUUGGGGGUUCCCAGUCUCCAGGAGCUCCUGGCCCUGGUCCAGGCCCUGGAGUGGCUCAGACCCAUGAUUGGGACAAUGAAUACUGCAAUCGGGAGUGUGGCAACCACUGCAGUGGCAACAUGAUAGGCAGGGACAAGCCACUCUACCUCACCUGAAACUGAAGAUGAUACUCUGUCGACAAAAACGACACAGAGGAGUCUACUCUCAUCCCCUAUUCCACUCCCCCACUCCUCCCCCAACCCUCCCAUUAUUCUUCUUCUUCUUCUUCUGACGUGCACACUUACAUGCAGUGUACACUUGACAUACAAACACACACAUGCACAUGCAAACGCACACAUGCCGCUUCACACACACACACACAAUCACACACGUCACCACCACCUUUUUUUGUCAGUGUAAUUUUUAUUUUUCUCAGUUUCUAGAACUUGUGAACAGAGUUUGAUGACUACUGUCUGUACCACUUAAUGUAUUAGCAGUCCUCUUGCUGUUGAAAUUUGCCAAGCACUUAUAAAGCCUCCCCCCACGCCCUACCCACCCGCCCCUCUCCCACCUUCUGAGUUGUGUGUCUCUGCCCCCUCUCUGAUACAGGCCGGGCUGCAGAGCACUCCUCUCGUGUGUCACCAUAAAGUCCCCUCAGGGACCCCAUCCAGCUUUAAUUAGAACGAGAAGAAAGAAAAAUAUUCUUCCUUUCCUUUAAUCGCUUUAUUUUCCAUUUGUUUUUUUCUUUUCUUUGUUGUUAUUGAUGCUGUUUUAUUUAUUUCUGGCUUGCAAAACCGUUCCUCUUUUUUUGCCAGUAAGCGAUGGGCCCUGUUCUAUAGAGAAAUAUUAACAUUUAGUAGGUUCUAGCAGGCCUUGAUGUUAUCGUAGCUUUGCUUAAGGGCCUGCAAAUUAAUACAAAAAGUCUGGGUGGGGAAGAGAAACAAAACAAAAAGAAUCUUUUUUAAUAUUAAAGACCUGUUGAGGUCUAUGAGCUGUCACAGUGUGAUUGUAAAUAUCACUUUUAUGGGAUCAAAUUGGGAAUUGGAAGUCCAGAUAGAUUUGUUUCUUCUUUAAUAUUACCUGUAAGUCAUUGUGUGUGUGUGUGUGUGUGUGUGUGUGUGUGUGUGUGUGUGUGUGUGUGUGUGUGUGUGCGUGUGUGUAUGUGUGUGUGUGUGUGUGUGUGUGU